AUGCUCCAUCCUACUUUUAUCUUUAGCCCUCCCUGCCGUAUCUCUCUCAAACAGGCUAGUAGCGGGGCACCUCGCCGACUGCAAAGCCGCCGCGUCUCGUGUUCGGCUCAGAGUUUUGAAUCACCGGAUGGAUGUCACUCGUGGCGAUCGGGUGCGCUCCAGGCUCUUCACUCAAGAGCCGAGGCGGCUUCCGAUGAACCCGGAUCGAUGACAUCGAUGUACGGCGGAGAUGAUGAUGAUGGGAGCUCAUCAGGAGGUGGGGGUGGUGGAGGCGGUGGGGAGUUUUCUAGCGAUCCUAGCGGUCCUGGAGAAAGCUCUGAUGGCCCACUUCCGAAAGACGUCCGCAUAGCGUUAGCUGCCGGGGUUUUAUCUAAAGAGGCGUUGUCUCGCUAUAAGGAGGCGAUUGCCAAUCCACUAAUGAAGCUUUGCUUGGGGAUCCCUGCGUUCCGCACCCGCUUCUUGGCCGAUUCAUCAUUCGUCUUCAAGUUAUUGGUACAAGAGGUCGUUGGCAAUGGUACGGCGCUAGCGUCUGAGAUAGCGGUGCGCGGCAAGGAUAUCAUGCAGGAGUUGGAGUACGUGGCCUCUGACCUCAUUGUGGGUACUGUUGUCGAAGCGGCCUUCGUCUGGCUGCUAGCUCCCACACUAUCCCUGCCAAAUGAAACCAUGUCUGGACUGGGCAAGUACCUCGCUACCCUGCCCAGCAAUAUCUUCCAGCAGUCUACAGCUCUGCAGAGCUUCACACUGUCUCAGCGAGCCGUCUCUUUCUUUUAUGCCGGUGCACAGUAUGCUUUGGUUGGUUUUGUUGCGGGAAUCGUCGGCACAGCGAUCACGUACGGCUUAAUAGAGGGCCGCAAACAACUUGACAAGAGUUACCAGCCGGAACGCCCCUUGCCUGCGGUCGUUCCCAACUCUGCAGCGUGGGGCGCAUUCAUGGCUCUGUCCAGCAACACCAGGUUUCAGAUUGUCGAGGGUAUGGAACUUGGGGUUGCUCGAUUGGCAGGAGGGCGGGCACAAGGCGCUGUCAAUAGUGGAAUCGUAGCUCUUCGAUUUGCAAACAACUACUGGGGAGGCGUCCAGUUUGUGCAGUUCUUCCGGUAUCUCGGGUUACACGCGACGGGCGACAGUGAAGAAGAAUAA